ACUAGUAGUAGUUACCAGUAUAGCGCAUUUCAGGAUAGAUCAGGUCGUGUCGGGCAAAUCAGAUUAUUGAGGCGGUAAACUGGAUUCUGACGCAAAGGGUUUAAACCCCGGCAUAAGCAUCGCGUGUGCUGCUCGCGCACGCUCGUGGCCAGCAGCAGAAGCAGCAGCAGUCGGCGCAGAGGAGAGCAGCUCGUGCCACCUUCAGUCAACAAGCCCUCUCUCUCCCUCUCUCUCUCUCUCUCUCUCUCAGGACCGGAGCAUGACUUCUCACACACACCGCUGCGACUGAACAGGACGGGCGGCAACAUGGCCUCGUAUCUGCCGAUCGCUGAUGACGAGAAAGGCUAUGAGCUGGACCUUUUCUGUGUGCCCAGACAUUAUGAGAACGAUUUGGAGAAGGUGAUCAUCCCGCAUGGACUCAUCAUGGACAGGACAGAGCGGCUGGCCCGCGACAUAAUCCAGGACAUGGGGGGCCACCACAUCGUCGCUCUGUGUGUGCUGAAAGGAGGCUACAAGUUCUUCGCAGACCUCCUGGACUACAUUACAGCGCUGAACCAGAACAGUGAUAAAUCAGUCCCCCUGACGGUGGAUUUCAUUAGGGUGAAGAGCUACUGUAAUGACGAGUCAACAAACAGUGUCAAAGUCAUAGGAGGGGACGAGCUGUCCAGUCUCUCCGGCAAGAAUGUUUUGAUCGUCGAGGAUAUUGUAGAGACGGGAAGGACGAUGCAGACGCUCCUGUCCCUGCUGAGUGAAUGCAAUCCCAAGAUGGUUAAAGUUGUGAGCCUCCUGGUGAAGCGGACCCCGAGGAGCUCGGGGUACAGACCAGACUACAUUGGUUUUGAGGUGCCAGAUGCCUUUCUGGUGGGCUACGCUUUGGACUACAACGAGUACUUCAGAGAUCUCAGUCACAUCUGUAUACUGAAUGAUCAAGCCAAGGAGAAGUACAAAGUAUGAGCGGAUCAAGUGCUGCCGGGGCGACGACUGGAAUCGGGACUAGGACCACUGUGAUGCCCCUCAUCAACUGUGCUGUGUUUUGAAUCUUAUUUAAUUUUCUACAUUAAAACCCACGAAAUGUGGGUUGUAAAUAACUUAAUUUCUCCUCCAUUGAAUACAUGGGAUCAGUUAUGUAUUGUGAAUAUUUUGGUUGUUGAACUUGAAAUGAUUUAAUCACUUUUGUGUAUACUUUACCUGUAAAUUUCAGUUGUAUGUUGGAGAUAGAAAGAAGAACGUCAUUUGUUUGAAUCGCACUUUGUUCAGUGAUAUUUAAGGAGCCUUCAGUUUGUUUGUUUCAUCUCCUCAUUAUGCCAUGGAUGUAGCAUCAUGCCAUAGAAUGACUGACUUGGAAUGUACUGUAUGUUUUAUUUCACAUCUGACGUUUCCAUCGAGGACCUGUAUACAGCAAUAUAAAUAUCGUCCAAUCUCUGAAUCCCGUUUUUAUCCACGUGAUUCUCUUUGCGUUCUCAUUUCAUGACACGUUCAUUCUUAUUUAUGAGAAGCGAAAGUGUAAUUGCACAUCUACGGUGUCCUGGCGGCUAACCGGCUAAUUGUGGCUAUCAAGACAAGUCGUCGCAUACAAUGACGUCAUUUUUAUGGGUUUGUUGUGGUCGUGUCCGUUAUGGUCUAGAUUGUAAGCAAUAAACUCUUGCAAGCCA